AUGAUUCACGCGUGCACAGUCCACUCAAUUAUUGACCAAAAAUAGUCGUCUCUAAUUGCCAGUCGCCUUCCUCAAAGACUGAGGUUCAAGAAAAUUGAGUAGUACAUCUGCCUCACCUGCAUUUCCUAGUUAGCGAUUUUGGAACCCGAUUUACUUACUACUUUCUACUUCUCAAUGGAAUCGUCAUUGCAGAGAAUGGAAUCGUCCUCGUCCUCGUCCUCUGUACCGAAGUUUCCACAACCUAAAAGGGGCCUAAUCAAGGCAAAUAUUUUCGGAAAUUUGGUAAAAACAACCACAAGUAUGUCGUCGCAUAGAGAGCAGCUGGACAAAUCACUACUGUCGGAAGAGAAUAUACCGCUGGUGACCCUUGAUGCAGCGCCUAACGAUGCGGAGGAGAAGCACGUUCCCUACGCCGCCACGAGAGAUUCCGAAGCACCAGCCGACAAUUUAGCAAAGCCAAAUUCGGAAGAGAAUAUACAGCUGGUGACCCUUAAUGCAGCGCCUAACGAUGCGAAGGAGGAGCAGGUUACCUACGCCGCCGCGAGAGAUUCCGAAGCACCAGCCGACAAUUUAGCAAAGCCAAAUUCGGAAGACAAUAUACAGCUGGUGACAUUUAAUGUAGCGCCUAACGAAAGGCAAGUUCCCUACGCCGCCGCGAAAGAGUCUGAAGCACCAGCUGAUAAUUUGGCAAAGCCAAAUUCAGAAGAGUUGAUCUUUUUAGUCACUAGCCUUUGCAUGGAGAUUUUAUCAGCUGCUUGUGAUCAGGCUUCGUCCCCAGGUAGGCCUCGGUAUGCGCUGUUCGGAAUGCUCUUGGCUAUUGGAGCUCUACUCAUUUUCAUAUGUGAGCUGAUUUACAAAGGUAGGAAAAAUAAAGUGGUUUGGAGGAAGAUGGGAUGUUGCAUGCUUUUUGGUUCGGUCAUUGAAAUUUUUGGGUUAUUCGGAGGCAUCAGUCAAUGUGUUUGCUCAAUAAUUCAAUACGUUUAUUACAUUCGACGUGCUGAAAAUCCCAUCAAACUGUCCCUUUUGCCUGCCAUCUUUCUCAUAUGUCUAAUUGCUACAAGAUUAAAUAGGACACGAAUGCAGACCAGAGAUGAGACCGGUGAACAUAUAGCCAAAGACUGAUCGGUAAAGGUGUGCUUGUUUGUUUGUAGCCUAAUCAGGUUUCAGAAGCUGAUAAAAGCUUAAGGAUUUUACGUGCUACCUAGAAUUAUGCCGAAAGUAUGAACCACGAUAUAUCUGUAAACAUUUGUAUUUCUAGGAAGGAAAAGAUACAAGCAGAAAAGUAUAUAUAGGUCCCAUCAUGUGGUGUCUCCGCAAAUUUAUCUAUCUUUUCACAAGAUAUUUGUCUUAAAUUUGUUGGAGAACAGAGAUUUAAAAUAAUAACAGUUUUCACAAAA